CAGACACACAGACAGACAGGCACGGACGCUCCAGAGCCGCGAGCUGAGGGACGGAGGCUGCCCAAGACGCGCGCGAGAACCCUCUCUGAUUAAACCUUCACAUGCACCUGGAGACUGUGAGACCUGGACACCAGAGAGAGACAGGAGACAGGAGACAUCUCCGAGAACAACUUUUGGAGACGAAUGUCAGAAUUUGUGGAAUAACAAAAACAAAACAAAAUUGUGGAUUUUUAUUUCCCUUUAUAAAUAAAAGAGGAGCACGAGGACGAAUCUUCGGUGGAGACAUUCUGGAUUUUCUGAACCUCUUUUUACGCACAGUCGGAACUAACGCACAUCCAUAACUCCUCUCUGAGUUUCCUCCUCUUCUUCUUCAUCCCAGUAAGGCUCCAUCGUGUCCUGCUCAGUAGGAGACAUCCUAGUGGUGUCCUAUAAGGCGUUGUGUUGUGGACUUAUUAUCCAGGACUUGUCCUCCAGGCUCCUGGAUCUGGACGCACCGAGCUCUGACCACUCACAGGAUGCAUCACAGGGACUGAUAACUUACUCAAGGUUCUUGUGAAUCUCGGGGUCGACUGAUGCAGCCAUGGGCCGAUCGCUGGAUCUUUGAGAGCAACCUUCCUCCCCCUCCUCCUCUUCCCCCUGCUCCUCCUUCUCUUCCUCCUUCGCCCUUCACAGCUGGAGGUUGAUUCCUCCGGAGCCAGAAACCAGCCAUCAACCUAUGAUCCUUCCCUUCAUCUGCAAACCAUGACAAGCGUUGUCUGUGGGGUUCCUGGCCCGUCCCGGUGGCCUUGCCUCCCAGUGCUCCUCCUAUAUUUUGCCCCUCUGCUGCUGAUGGAGGGUUGUUGCCACGCAGCCCCCUCCGGCCCAGAGUCUGACUCCUGCUCCACCUUAGUCCAGAGCCGCUUUUUUGGCUUCUUCCUGUCGUCGUCAGCGUUCCCCGCCAUGCCUUGUUCCUGGACCCUGCAGAACCCCGAUCCACGGCGCUACACCAUCUUCAUCAAGGUCACCAAACCUACCGAGGACUGCGUGCCGUCGCAGCUCCGCACCUUCCAGUACGAGUCCUUCCUGGAGACCACGCGCACCUACCUGGGCAUGGAGAGCUUUGACGAGGUGUUGAGGCUGUGCGAUACCUCCGCCCCGGUGGCCUUCCUGGAGGCCGGGAAGCAGUUCCUCCAAAUGAGGAAGGGACUUCCUCGGGCGGGAAAGGCCAUCACGGACGGCGACGGGGAUUUCAAAACAGAGUACCUGGUGGUGGGAAAGCGCAACCCCAGCAUGGCGGCCUGCCAGAUGCUGUGCCAGUGGCUGGAGGACUGUCUGGCCUCCAGCACGUCCAACAGGCCCUGUGGCAUCAUGCAGACUCCAUGUUUGUGCUGGGAGCCGCCACCGCAGCUCAGCGAGGGGGAUAGCUGUUAUCACAAUGGAGUUUACCUGGAAAACUGUUUACCCAGCGUGAAAGAGAGUGGAAAGAAUUCAGAGCUAAAUGGUGGCUGGAGUGCGUGGGGUCAGUGGGCACAGUGCAGCAGCGAGUGCGGAGGCGGGAUUCAAACCCGGACUCGGACCUGUCAGUCACCUCCGGAGGACUCGUACCUGUGUGAGGGCGUGGUGGAGGAGGGCCGGCCGUGUAACUCCCAGACCUGCACCGGCAAAGGUCGCCAUCUCUCUCGCAGCCAAUCGCUUCGUUCGGUGGACAGCCGCAAGCGUGAUGACGUAGACAAGCCCCGCAGCGGACAGCAGAGCCCUCAGACAGUAGACUCAGCUUCAGGUGAGGAGUGGUCAGCGUGGAGUGUGUGUUCUGCCACAUGUGGGGAGGGCUGGCAGAGUCGCACUCGUUUCUGUGUGUCCUCCUCCUACAGCACCCAGUGUAGUGGGCCACUGCGCGAGCAGAGACCUUGCAACAACUCUGCUGUUUGUCCAGUGCACGGCGCCUGGGACGAAUGGUCACCGUGGAGUUUGUGUUCAUCGACCUGUGGCCGAGGUUACAGGUCCCGAACUCGAACCUGCAGCCCCCCACAGUUUGGGGGAGAUGUCUGUGACGGCCCGGAGAAACAGACCAAAUUCUGCAACAUAGCUGUCUGUCCAGUGGAUGGAGUGUGGAAUGAGUGGUCCAGCUGGAGCUCCUGCUCGGCCUCCUGCUCCAAUGGGACCACGCAGAGAACCAGGGAGUGUAACGGCCCCUCGUACGGAGGCUCCGAGUGCAGAGGAGAAUGGCUGGAGACUGUCGACUGCUUCCUCGGGGAAUGCCCGGUGGAUGGCAAGUGGCAGCCGUGGUCUUUGUGGUCGGGCUGUUCGAAAACCUGCGGCGGGGCGAGCCAGCAGAGAACCAGGAUUUGUUAUGGGCCCUUUUUUGAAGGGCAGGCUUGUCCCGGAGAACGAGAAGAGGUCCGGCGCUGUAAUGAAAAGAGAUGUCCAGAACCUCACGAAAUAUGUGGCGAGGACAGCUUCUCUAAUGUUGUAUGGAAGAUGACUCCAUCUGGGGAUACGGCGGCAGUACGCUGUCCUCCCAAUGCCAUGGGGCUCAUCCUGCGCCGCUGCAGCCUGGAUGAAGAGGGCCUUGCCUACUGGGAGAAUCCCACCUAUAUGAAAUGUAUUUCCAAUGACUAUCGCAGUAUACAAACUUUGACUCGGGAACACUUGUCCAAAGCACAGCGUGGCCUUGUGGGAGAUGGAGUGUCCGAGGUGAUGACCAAGCUGAGGGUGACAUCCAGCGACGGGACCAGCUAUAGCGGAGAUCUGCUGGCCAUCGUGGACGUGCUGAAGAACAUGACGGAGAUCUUCAGGAGGGCAUACUACAGUCCCAGCAGUGCAGACAUGAGGAACUUUGUGCAGUCAGUCAGCAAUCUGUUGAUGGAGGAGAACAGGGAGAGAUGGGAGGAAGCACAACUGCUGGGGCCGAACAUCAAAGAGCUGUUCCGUCUGGUGGAGGACUUUGUGGAUGUCAUUGGCCUGAGGAUGAAAGACUUCCAAGACAUGUAUGAAGUCACCGAUAACCUAGUUUUGAGCGUCCACAAGCGUCCAGUGGUGGGUCAUGCCGAUAUCAGCUUCCCUAUGAAGGGCUGGAGGGGCAUGGUGGACUGGGCCCGCAGCUCUGAGGACAGAGUCACCAUCCCCAAGAACAUCCUGUCUACUGGCAAGCCAGAUGCAGACGAGUCCUCGACGUUUGUAACCGGCAUCGUUUUGUACAGAAACCUGGGCAGCAUUCUGACUCUGCAGAGAAACAGCACAGUCCUCAACUCCAAGGUGUUGUCGGUGACCAUCAAGCCCACCCCCGCCUCCCUCUCUGCUCCAGUCGUGGUUGAGUUCUCUCACCUGUACAACGGCACCACCAACCAGACCUGUAUAUCCUGGGACGAGAGCGACAGCUCCUCUCUGCUGGGAUCCUGGUCUGCCAGAGGCUGCAGAGCCGUGCUAGUCGACUCAUUCAGAACCAAAUGCGUGUGUGACAGACUGUCCACCUUCGCCAUUUUAGCACGGCUAAAUCCAGAAAUGAACAUGGACAAGACGCAGCUCCCAUCCGUGACGCUGAUCGUGGGCUGUGGAGUGUCUUCACUCACGUUGCUGCUGCUCAUCAUCAUCUAUGUGUCUGUCUGGAGGUACAUUCGGUCUGAGCGCUCCGUCAUCCUCAUUAACUUCUGCCUCUCCAUCAUCUCCUCCAACGCCCUUAUUCUCAUUGGACAGACACAGACACGGAACAAGGUCUUGUGCACACUGAUCGCUGCAUUUCUUCAUUUCUUCUUCCUGUCGUCGUUCUGCUGGGUUCUGACGGAGGCGUGGCAGUCGUACAUGGCGGUGACGGGCCGUCUCAGGAACCGCAUCAUACGCAAGCGUUUCCUGUGUCUCGGCUGGGGUCUCCCUGCGCUAGUCGUGGCGAUCUCAGUGGGAUUCACCAAGGCAAAGGGAUAUGGAACACCAAGCUACUGCUGGCUGUCUCUGGAAGGAGGUCUUCUCUAUGCAUUUGUUGGACCUGCUGCAGCUGUUGUCUUGGUUAACAUGGUUAUUGGGAUUCUCGUUUUUAACAAACUGGUGUCCAAAGACGGCAUUACUGAUAUGAAACUAAAGGAGAGGGCGGGGGCUCUCCAAUCAGGAACACAUCAGUCUCAGAAGCCCCCUUCCAUGUCAUCAGUGAUUGGGGCAUCACUGUGGAGCUCCUGUGUGGUUUUGCCCCUUCUGGCCCUCACGUGGAUGUCGGCCGUCCUCGCGAUCACAGACCGGCGCUCUGCGCUCUUCCAGAUCCUCUUUGCUGUUUUUGAUUCGCUGGAAGGCUUCGUCAUUGUCAUGGUGCACUGCAUCCUGCGCAGAGAGGUUCAGGAGGCAGUGAAGUGCCGUGUGGUGGACCGCCAGGAGGACGCUAACGGAGAUUCAGGAGGAUCUUUCCAGAAUGGCCAUGCUCAGCUCAUGACUGACUUUGAGAAAGACGUGGAUAUGGCCUGCAGAUCAGGGAAGCGCUCAUCUCUCCAGGGGGAGGACAAGGCCUCCUCCGGGACCCUCACCCUUCAGAAGGGGUCGAACUUUAACACCAUGCCGGCCAGCAUGGCCAAGGUUCACCUCCAGAACGUGGCCGACUACACCAGCCACACUCUGACCCUGCGCAGGGAGAAGGGUCCCGCCAAGGGAAUCAGCACAGAGCUGCCGGGCGCCAAAUCCAUCUACAUCUGCGACGGAGAGCUCUUUAAGCAGCUGGACGGAGAGCUGCCGCGAGGAAACGGCGAGGGCAGCAGCUCCGAGGGCACCGGCAAAGGCCCGGGGUACGUCAUCCUACCGACCAACAACACGGGCACCCUGAAGGCGAACAAGGGGAAAGAGGAGGCCAAGUAUAACAUCAGCAUUGAGCAGCUGCCUCAGACCAGGCUCAUUCACCUGGCUAACCCGGCCAGCGGAGAGCCAGUGCCUGGCUUCGGCCUGAAGAGCCUGCCUGCUGAGCAGAUCAGCGUGUCGUGCUCUGACAGAGACUCACCUGCACACAAUCUGCAGAACAUGCCCAGAGACUCCCACGUAGCCAGCAGUAUGUGUGACGGGGGAGAUUCCGGAAACUCUGGUGUGAUGUCCAAGAGUGAGACCGUCUCCACGCUGUCCAUGAGCUCACUGGAGAGACGAAAAUCACGCUAUGCAGAGCUUGACUUUGAGAAGAUUAUGCACACCCGGAAACGCCACCAGGACAUGUUUCAGGACCUGAACAGGAAGAUUCACAGUGCAGACAAGGAUAGAGAAUCUCCACCUGUUGACGCCAAAGCUGCCAAAAGAUGGAGUGUGUCCUCUGCCAGCAGCGACAAGACCAACAUGAGUGACAAGCAGCAGACCCCGAGUAAGAGGGCGUGGGAGGGCAUCAGGAAGCCCCACUCCCCCCCGUCCUGGGUGAGGAAGGACCUGGAGACGGUGGCGGCGUCCCCUCUGGAGCUGCAGACGGUGGAGUGGGAGAAGACCAGCGCCACCAUUCCUCUGGUGGGCCAGGAGAUCAUGGACCUUCAGACGGAGGUGUGACCGAGAUUCCGGCCUCACAACCCACAACUUCCUUUUUUUUUCCCCCAAUGCUCUCAGACAAACAAGCAGACACCACACACACACUGCCCUGCUCUGUAUUUCUACUCAAACGCUGGACGAAGCCCACGGCGAGAACGUGAGGGGGGGGAAGGAGGACGAGGAGGAGAGAGAAGCGUCACAAUAUCAGAAAAUUAAUCCAACCAAUUAAAGAGAGAACAGGAAAAUAGCGUAUCUUUCUAUCUGUUGUUUCAUUUGAUGUUUGGACGGUGUUUCUGUCUGCAAAAUACGGCUCAUCUUCUUGUAUAUGGUCUCAGAUACCACAGUGGCUCACAUGGUGGACAGAUUGCCAAGGUAGGACUCAACUGUGCAUCAUAUAGUUAUGUAAUAAACUGCAUAGCAAAGGUAAUCAUGAACUGUUUACCCCUGUAUUAAAUGAAUACAAUGUAAUAAUCAUGAUUAUGUCUCUUUUUUCCACCGUUGAGUCACUGUCCUGCUCUCUCGUCCUCAUAAUGAACGCUGUUGUGUUUCGGCUCGAGAUGCUUCUGGACUUGUUUUUUCUUCAACAUCCAUCUCAGAAAGAGAAAACGAACGAACGAACGAACGAACGAACGAACGAACGAACAGGGCAGACUGCCAAACAUACACCCAUGUGCCCCCCCUCCUCCCUACAACUCACCCCUAUCUUUUUGGCUCCACCACUUUCUCCUUGUGAUCCUGACGGGGCGAGGUCGGCCCUGGUGGUGACACGGGGAGAAGGGAGGAGAGGGGGGUUAAAGAGGGAAAAAAAAAAAAGCCAAAAUUGGCAAGUUGCCUUCUCAUCGACGGACACCUCAGAGACGCCAGAGAGCAGGGCCGGCGGGCUUUUUGCGCUCUAAUCGGCCCUCAACCUCAACGCCGCCCUACAGAGGGACAACAUGGACAGCGUCAGUGCGUCCAGGAGGAGUUCACGUUCAACAAACUCAUUCUGUUUGAGUCGGUUUCUCCACGUACAAGCAGGCUUGGUACAGUAAAUGCAAAAUAUGAUGGUGUUUCAAAGAUGCGAAGGAAAAAGGUACUUGUGUGUGUGUGUGUGUGUGUGUGUGUGUGUGUGUUGAGUAGUGGAAGGUGUGUAAAUGACUAGAUCUAUAAAUAUAUAUGGUAUGAUGAUUAAAGGGGACGAUGGAGUAGAUCAGAGGGACGCUGGUUGCACACAGAGAAAGCACAAGGCUCAUUUGGAGUCCUGAUGUACAGCAUUGUAAUUAUUUCAACAGAGUUCUACAGAAUGGAUUUUAGCCUAUAAAUAUCUUUCUUACUGUGCUUGGGGAUAGUUGUUAUCAUUAUUAUAAAUAUGAAACCUGAUUAUUCUGAUAUUGAUCCUCCCAUUCCCUCCUCGUCCCAUCAGGGUACUGGACUAUACGAGUGUUCUGUAUCGCAAUGUAACAGUGUGUGUUUUGAUAUUACCGCCAGUCACUCCCUCCGAUCUGUAUUUGUUGAAGCCCUGACCUCCGACCUCUGACCCACUGAUCUGCGCCCCCACCCUGCCACACACACACACACACACACACACACACACACACCCCUCCCACCUCCCCUCACUCCCCCUUUUUAAUUUACUGGGGUCGCCUCUUUGUUAAUGUACAGUUUUCAGAGCACAAAAUGAAUGUGUCUUAUUUCUAAUAAAAGCAUAUCUAUAUAAUAAAA